AUGAGCUAUAGGAAGGAUAAUAGGACUCCUGGACAAAUAGGCGGGGUCGAUAUGGUGUUUCCCUAUCGACCUGAUAACGUCGAGAGCUCGCUCAUCAAGAAACAUCCCCUUCAGCGGAUUCAUUCUCCAUCACGGUCAAUUUCAGCUUUUGUGCACGCUACCGGACUCGUGAGCUUCUUUUAUUCCUUCCAAUGUUUAAAAUAUUUUCCAGGUGAAAUAAACGAGGCAUAUGGAUGGCAUUUCCAGUUCCUUACGAUUAUCGCUCUGUCGAUAUCUACCUUGACUUUUAUUUUCGGAUUUCUUGCGGAUAUAACCCUCAAUCCAAAGCUAUUUUUGAUCAAGAAUGCUCUAGCAGUGGCUAGCGCACCUUUGGAGGUGUUGAUUAGUCUGCUGUACUGGGGCCUCACAGCUAUCGACCGCACGCUAGUCAUGCCGCCUGGAAUGCAUAUUGAUACAUUUGUCGAUCUUAGCUUGCACCUUUUCCCUGCCGCCCUUCUCCUUAUCGAUGCGCUUUUGUUGUCUCCACCAUGGACUGUAGGCGUCGUCCCUGCGCUCCUAGUUCCAGGUUGUCUCGCGACUUUCUACUGGUUUUGGCUGGAGCACUGUUAUUCCUAUAAUGGAUGGUAUCCGUACCCAAUCAUGGAAAUCUUGAAGACCGAGCAUAGGAUUAUUCUUUUUGUUGGGUCGGCAUUGACUAUGAGUGCGAGCACAUUGGCGUUAAAGUGGGCUUUUUCAAGAUUUAAUGGGCAGCUUGGAAAAGCGGUCCCGGGAGAUGCGAAGAGGAGAUAG